ACUCGCGAUAUGAGGAAGGCUGCUGUCGGCCGUCGACAGGUUAGUAGAGGUCGAGAUUAGAUUAAAUAAAUGUGAAUAUGAACAAGUUUGUUAAAUGUUAAUAAAACUGUGUUAUAUCUUGAACGGUCUACUUUAGUUUUAUAAGCAGCAAAAAUGAUUAGACAUGGAUUAAAGAAGACUGUAAAAUUUGGUAUUGUAGCUGGUGCUAUUGGGGGUACUGGUUUAUUAUUAAAACACAAUGAUUGGGAAGUAUCAACUAUUGGAGUUGCCAGAUUUGGACGAGCAGCUUUAGCAGCAGUUAGAGUAGUAAUUGAUUACAAGACAUCACUGUAUGGUUUAAACCCAGAAGAUCUUCCAUACAAACAAAUAAAAUCUCAGGUACAUACUCGUUCAGCUUUGAGGUUACGAGAAAUGUGCUGUAAAAAUGGAGGUGCAUUUAUAAAAGUUGGACAACAUCUUGGAUCAUUAGAAUAUUUAUUACCUACAGAAUAUAUUGAAGUAUUGAAAGUAUUACAUGAUAAAGCACCCGAAUCACCUCUAACGGAACUAUUUAAGGUUGUAGAAGAAGAUUUAGGUAAAAAGAUAGAAGAGCUGUUUACAAGUUUUGAACCUAAACCUUUAGGUGCCGCAUCAUUAGCUCAAGUACAUAAAGCUACUCUUAAAGAUGGUCGUACAGUAGCUGUUAAAAUACAACAUCCUAAAGUUAAAGCUCAUUCUUUUGUAGAUAUUAAAACAAUGACAUUUCUAGUUUCUGCAGUAGCGUACAUUUUUCCUGAUUUUCAAUAUAAAUGGCUGGCAGAAGAAACAAAGAGAAACCUGCCACUAGAAUUAGAUUUUUUACAUGAAGGAAAGAAUUGUGAAAGAAUUGCAAGAGUAUUAAAAGAUUUUGAUUUUUUGAAGGUACCUGAGAUAUAUUGGAACUUGUCAUCAGAAAGAGUGUUAACAAUGGAAUAUUGUGAGGGUGGUAAAGUAGAUGAUAGACAAUACAUGAAACAACAUGGUAUACCAGUACAAGAGGUUACAAAGAAAUUAGGUAUAUUAUAUAGUGAGAUGAUAUUUGUACAAGGUUAUGUUCACUGUGAUCCACAUCCUGGUAAUGUUCUAGUUAAUAAAAAACCACAUGGUGUAGAAAUAGUUCUACUUGAUCACGGUAUUUAUCAGUCUUUAACAGAUGAAUUUAGAUUAAAUUAUUGUAAAUUAUGGAUGUCUUUAAUAAAAGCAGAUGUAGAUGGUAUUAAGAAAUAUGCUGAAGCUAUGAAUGCUGGACAUCUGAGUGGAUUAUUUGCAUGUAUGUUGACAGCUAGAUCAUGGGACUCUGUUACUAAAGGCAUAGAUAAAUCACAAGUUUCCGAAUCCGAGGCGGAUGUUAUACGACAAAAUGCAGCUCAAUAUAUCUUUGAAAUAUCUGAUAUACUCAACCGAAUUCCCAGACAGAUGUUGUUGAUAUUAAAAACAAACGAUGUAAUACGUGGAAUAGAAUCAUCGUUAAAAACUCCAGCCAAUGCUGUUUCAUUUAUAAACAUGUCCAAAUGCUGUACUAAAGCUGUAGCUAGGCACAGACUCAAGCAUUGUCAUAGUUGGUUUGGCCGGUUGAAAAUUGUUAGUGGAGAACAGUGGCAGCUUUUUAAAAUUAAUUUAUAUGAAUGUUAUUUAUGGAUUACAUCUUCUAAAAUUUUUCAGUUAUAUUCACGAUGUUUAGCAGUAAGUUGAUGUAAAUAUAAUUAGAUUUAAACUGUGUUUGUGUCCGUUGCUAAUCCAGUCUACCUUUGUGGAAUACUUCAAUAAGAGUCUAGAACAUUCCAAGUUUUACAGAAAUGGGCUCUUUCUGUUCUGAUGACGAGGGUGCGUGAGUCAAGUCCAGACACAAUCAACCAUAAGGAAUUUGUUUCUGUGGUGAUGAUUGGUGGAGAUAUGAUUGUAUUGAUUUGGAACAUGCCUCGUCGUCACCUUUCGCGGGAUUGAGAGACUCAGUUCUGAAGCAUAUCACCUUUCGCGGGAUUGGGAGACUCCAGUUCUGAAGCAUUCAAUUUAGAUUAUGUCAUGAUUUUGAAUGAAGGCCUGUUCUGAAUAUAUUUCAAAGGGAGAUAAUAAUGGGAGUAUUUGCCUGAGAGUAAUUAUUUCUAUUUUAAUUCUAUCAUGUACGGGUAAAAAACACAGAAAAUUAUUUAGAAUAAUAAAUUUUGAUAUUUUAGUCAAUCAAUAUACACAGUACAUAUUGUUAAAACUUUAGUUGUCUGAUUUUAUAAGAAUUGUUUUAUCAAAUUUUUAAUUCUUUUCAUUUGAAUUGUGAUAUAUUGCUUUAAUUGUUUUAAACUAUGAUAUUAAAUGAGA